CAAGGUCUCCUUUCCAGUAAGGACGGUUGAGACAGUGCCUCUCCCCCUCGGACAGCAAAACAACCUCGUGUCGCUCUGCGCUGUGUACAAGGCUUCUCUGUCAUCAUCUAUCAAGGUUCCCCUCACUUGCGAGCAUGGUGUGCGUAUUGCAUCUGCGAGUGGUCUUACUGCCCAUAUCCUCCGCCCCCUUCUGGGGAGAGGCUUAACCCCGUGUUAUCCAACCUUGAUUGCUCUGCUCAUUGAUGCUGUCUAUCCUGCGUGAAGAUGGGGAACAUCCACGGGGAAUUCCGGAGGACAUGGCUGCAAAUGCUUUUGGAAACUCGGUCUCAAAGUUGUGUCAAGGUCCACUGUGCUCGUCGAGUCUCGACCAUGCACCUUCAUCCACAGCAUGUGAAGAUGUCGACCGACCCAGCUUCGUAUCAUCCCACAGCUGUCUCAGCUGUAUGCUCGCUACCCUGGAGCCCAGCCAUCUACGCGCCGACAGCCCAAAGAGCGGGGGUGACAGAACAUCAAUGUUUUGACUCCCUCGAAUGCCCGAAGAGGUCCAUCAUUCGUCGCUUCCAUUUGGCCAUUGUCGGCACAGCUCAGGUUUCAGGGAUACCACGACGCUCAUAUCGUCACUAGUACAAACUGACUUACCUAGCAAGCUCGUAUUCUGAUCUUUCAACAAACAUAUUGCGAGCCAUCGCUUAACACUGGCCGUUGCAUGGGGAUCAUACUUUCGACCCAUCGCAUCAGUUUCCAUGACAGUUGAGCGGCGACAUUGGCAAACUCUGGGGCGCAACGAGCUUGGAAGUCGACGUCUAUACUCGAACCACCGCGAUCGACCGUUGGCGACUGCCAUUUCCUUGUGCGCACGCUCCUAUGGUAAACUUCGUCCCGUGGUUGCCGGUGCUAGUCAGGGUUUGGUCUUUCGCAUACAGCUUACGGACCAAGGCCAGAUCGUCUACGAUGAGUUGACGGGUGAUGGAGAUAUCAUGGCAGGGGAGUUAGUGGAGUGCAUUGAGAGCGGAUCGUCUGCUUCGCUGUCAAUCAGAACCUGCCAAACUUCCUGUCACCGUGGUCUUUUGUUGAGAGUUGUUUGUGUGACAAUCGUGCAGUGAGCAAGCUAUGGUAGUCGAUCAACGACC